GUCAAAGCAGGCAAGGGGGUGGAGGAAGCGUCUUCUGGGCUCAGCCAGCAGCAGCAGGUGGAGACACAGGGUGAGCCCCUCCUCCUGUGAACUGAGAAGAGCUCUAAGCACAGCAGGCUCCCCACAGGCAGACUGGACCCAUUUCCCAGCACCUGGCUGAGGAGAGGGAAGAGACUGGAUAGGAGCACACGUCCCCAGCCUUGUGAAGAGCCUCGAUGUUGGUUAGCUCACCAUGAAGACCUCAGUUCAGCUUGUGACGUUGUGGGGGAAUCAAGCCCCAGCUCAUAGCAUCACAGCCAUCUUGAUCACGGAAGACCAGAGAACCAUUGUUACGGGGAGUCAAGAAGGACAAAUCUGCCUCUGGGACCUGUCAUCAUCGGACCUGAAGAUUUCAUCAAAGCAAAUGCUCUUUGGUCACACGGCGUCAGUGACAUGCUUGGCCAAGGCGAGGGACUUUGAGAAGCAUCCAUACGUGGUCAGUGCUACUGAGAACGGGGAAAUGUGUGUCUGGAACAUCACCUGUGGGCAAUGUGUGGAGAGCACGAGGCUUCCCUUUCAGCACACAGCGAUUUGUUAUUACCACAGCUCGUUCCGCAUGACGGGAGAGGGCUGGCUCCUCUGCUGCGGGCAGUAUAACGAUAUCCUCAUCAUCGAUGCCAAAGCGCUGUCUGUGCUUCACACCUUGACGUCCUCUCAGUCUUCGGACUGGAUCAGCUGCAUGUGCUUAGUGCAUUCCCCUCGGAUCCAAGAGGAUUCCUUAAUAGCCGUCUCUGCAACAGGAACCCUUAAAGUCUGGGAUCUGUCCUCAUCGGUUAGCAGGAUACGGGAGAGGCAGGAUAUUCAUGAAAGGGAAUCCAAAUCUCUGGACUGUGCUCCCUGCCGCACCGUCAGAUUUUGCACCUUUACGGAAAGGCUUCUUCUUGUUGUGUUUUCCAGCUGCUGGAAGAUAUAUGAUUACUGUGACUUCUCCUUGCUGUGGACUGAAUUCAGCCCGAGUGGCCAGUCCUUUGCGGGAGGCGAAGUCCUCGCUGCUCACAGGCUCAUCAUCUGGAUGGAGGACGGCCGUGGCUUCAUCUACCAGCUGCUGAACAGUGGUCUUUCGCGAAGCAUCCAGCCAUGCAAUGGACGGCCGCUCAAAGAAACCCUCCACCCUCAAUUACUUUGUUCUACUGAUGUGGGAGAUGAGAAGAGUUUUUCUUACAUUAUGGGCUUCAUCAAUGAAAGAAAGGAACCUUUUUAUAAGAUCCUUUAUUGUGGAGCAGCAUCAGGCAGAAUCACUCUGUGGCAUAUUCCAGAUGUGCCAGUUUCAACUCUGGACGGCUCUCCAAAAGAGAUCCCUAUAGCAACAUCCUGGGCUCUUCAGAACAGCUUUGACAGCUGCAGUCCUGCGGCCGAAGGCAUCAUCGACCACCUCUGUGGAGCUGAGAAUGGGAUGGGGAGUGUUGCCAUCACUUCCUCCAUUUAUAUCCCCAGCCUUGAUAAACUGGUGUGCGGGUUUGCGGAUGGCAGGAUCUUCAUCCUGCUGGCUCUGCAGGCUGCCAAGGCCAGGCUGAUGGGAAAGGGCUCCUUGCUGAAAGACUCACAGGAUACUCAGCCUCACAGGAUACUCAGCCACCACAGCACCAGCGUGACCUCCUUGCUUUACCUCCAUGGCCGAUCAGCCCGGUUUGAUCCCAGCUGGCUGAUGUCAGGGAGCCAGGACUCCAGUGUGGUCUGGUGGGACAUUUUUACCGGGGAAUUAUUGCACUGCUUUUCACUGCAAGCUGGUCCUGUCACGAAUCUGCUGUUGUCUUCAGAGAACUACAGGUUCAGAGGGCACCGGAUCGUGUGCUGCUUGUGUAGCAAUGACCAUGCUGUGGUGCUUCUGCACAUACAGGAGCGAGCCUGCCUCAUGCAGGCCAGGAAACACCUUUCCCCUGUGAAGAGGCUACAGUGGCACGCUGUGGAAAAUCUCUUGGUGGUUGGAUGCGAAGACGAUUCCGUUUACGUCUGGGAUAUUGAGACCGGAAGUCUUGAGCGCCAUGAAACUGGGGAAGUUGCUCAGGCAAUCCUCGCUUGCUGUGAGGACUCAGUCAUGGCAGCGGCAGAUUCUCUGUCAGCCGUCUUUGAAGAAGACCCACCUAAGCAGAAAAACCUGGAUGGCCAAUCUUCCAACUCCUAUAAAAUCGGCACUCUUUCCUACAGCAGCCUUGCUCAUCGAGAAAAGUCUUCCCACCAUCAGCUGCCCACUGCCUGCCACACCCAGUGGCCUUUUACCAUCCUGCCCGUGAAGACAGAGCGACAGAACAUCCAUUUUUAUGUCCUUCUCUUUGAUUUGGAAAAAUUGGCCGAGCUGCUGCAUUCAGCCCAGCUCAAGGGACUGAAGUCAUCCAGCUCGUUCCACAGCUAUGACGCUCUAAAGAGAGCUAAAAGCACAGCUGACAAAAGGAUGCUAAUGCUGAAACGAAACAGAACUUCUGGGUCACUCUUUCCGCUGGAUGGGCAAGUCAAAGUUGCAGCGGAAGAGCAAACAUUUGGGGAGAGUAAUGCAGUGGGCUCUUUGGAACAAAGUGGCGGCAUCAAAAGACACAAAAAGCCGAAGAGUUCAAAGAAGGUUCGGAGGCAGCCAUCAGGAAAAGUCAAUGUGAACGUUGUCAUGGAUGCAGCAAAGCUCCUCUUGUCGUGCCUCUUGCCUUGGGGUGUGGAUGGGGAGUUGGACGAUCUCUGUGUUCAGUAUUUAGAUAUCUUGAGACUUCUCUAUCCAGUCUCACUUGGACUUAUGUCAAGGAACAAUCACCUCUCUCUGACAUUGCCGGGAUGGCGCAAUGCCAGUUCCCCGGGGGCAGAACAGCAGCAGGAGGCAAAUCACUUGUUCUCCAGAAAAGUGCUGGAUUUGUGUCACAGGUACAUUAGUGUGGCCCAAGAGCAAACAGGAAGGACCAACGGACACACAAAAAGCAUCCGUACCACAGAGAGAUCCUUGACUCUGAGUUACUUACUGAGAAGGAUAUAUUUAGUUCAAAGGAUAUUUGGCAGGCCCUUAGAAAAGACCAGUCGCCAGAAACUGGAGUCUGCACGCAACAAAUGGAGACCCACAUCAUCUCUUGGGACCACAAGCUCUUAUGAAGAGUCCACUAAAUACACGCUUGGGUUUCCUGUCCAUGAACCAGAGAACAAUUCACUCGUCAAACUUAUUUCUUCUUGGAGAGACCAAUCCAUAGAGAUGACUGAAGCCAUUCAGGCCGCUCUGCUGGCUGAAGUUCGCCAGGGCCUGAGAAACCGGCGGAAGACGUUUUCCAAUGGUCAUGGGCAAGGAAGUGCCAAAGUGGAGGAGCAAAGGACCGAGGAGCCAGAGAUAAUAAAGAUCCACCCCUUGCUGGCUGCCACCAAUUGUGACAACUGCACAACACCUGCGGACCUCCAAGAAGGAAAAGACAUGGCUGAGAGGCAGGUCUUGGAAGAGUCGGAAAAUCCAGGUGGGAGAAUCCUAGGUGCUUGCCUGGUGCAGCCGUGUGAGAACGCAGGCAAGGCAGAGGGGUCAAGGCAAUGUGGUUUCCUUUGGGGCAGGGCCUGCAUCUGGCCAAUUGUCUCUGGAGAAUUUGGAGCCCCUUUCACGCAGGGCCAGGCAGGGCAAAGCGGAUAUAAGAAGUUUGCCAUAAGAAUUAGUGAUAGACUUGAGAUGGGAAGCUGGAUGGACCAGAUAGUGAUCUCUUCUUUCCCAGAAAAAAAAGGACCAGGGUGCUGUUCAACUAUCAAUCAAUCAUGCUGCUCUUGAGAAAAUUUAAUGGGAAGCAGUAUUGUAGCAUUUCGUUUUUUCUCCAGAUCAGCAACUACUGUAUUUCUCCUUCUCCCUCUUCUCACAUCCAUCUUUCGAUAGAUGCCAAGUUCUCUCCAUUGUUUCAUCUCUUGUCACAUGUCCUGCAUAUGUCCAUUUUAACUUCCCACUACACCUGCAACUUUUGAUCUUUGUCAUAGCCAUUUAUGAUCUUUUCUAUCUUUUAAUGAUCUUUCUUAGCUCGCCUGUUCUAUGGCAUGCUGUGCCGUUCUUACGCUGUUCUCCGUGUCCAGUUCUCCGCUCCAUCACAGAUAAAAUGCACAUAUCAAACACUUCAGCUUUCAAAGCUAAGGUUAUAUUUUUUGUUUUUGGAUAUAAAGCUAAAUUUUCCAACAGCUGCUCUUGAUUAUUUUAGCCUCCUAUUUCUUUCUGCUGCUUGUGCUUCUCUUCCCAAUGCAAUCUUUUUCCUAAUAUUACUUUCCUAAUCCUAUAUAAUAAAGUCCCUGUGUCUCUGCGUCCAGUCCCUGUGUCCGCGCUAAUGCGCAUGUGCCUCACGGACACAGGGACUGGACGAAGAGGCGGGAUGUACACGCGCGUGCGUUCCCCCCCCCAA